AAGUCAGUAGGGCGGUUCGCGCGUCGGUCCACAUGUCCCAUUUCGGAAUUGGGUGUGGACGGGGUCCCGAUGGGGGACCGAGGUGUGGGCGGCGUCGCUUCUGCGGCCGGCGGCCGCGUUGCCCCCCCCCCCCCCCCCCCCCCCCCCCCUUCUCGGGAGCACCCGCGGUGGUUGCCGUCGCGGCAGGCCGUGAUGCGUGCUGCUUGACAUGCCGCGCUCCCGAGCGCUCGGACGGUGACGUCGCGCGACGGCCUUGAGCGCGACAAGGCCAGGGCCGCGGAAAAUGGGGGUCUGGCGGGAAGAACAACCCGUGGCCGGAGACCGCCUGGCUCCUCCGCGUGAGCCGGGCCCCAGUCGCGAGGGCCGGGACCUCCCCUCUCGGGGCGGGCUUCAACCCUGGGCCUCUCGGGACCCGGGGUUCGGUCCCGCGGCAAUGUGUCCCUCCCAAGGCCGCCCCCUGGCGCCCCUCCAGCGGCGACCGCUAAUUAUACGCGGCGACGGGGUAGCGGUACGGGCGCCGUGGAAGCGGCAGCCGGUUGUUGCGCACCUGUUGCCUGCCACUCGCGCCGCGGCGGCAUGUACAAGAAGGAGCGACCCAAGCUGUCCGUGACCGCGCUGCUGUACGGGUCGGGCGUCGGACCGCCGUCGCCGUCGCCCUGGGGCGCGCCGCCGGGCGCCGCCGCGCCCUCGGCGGGCCUCAACGGCAGUCCCUCGUCCAACGGCGUGAGCAGCAGCCUCGCCCAGCCGUCCUUCCUGCUGGGCGGCUACGGCGGCGGCGGUGGCGGCGGGGCCCCGAGCUCGGUGAGCCAGCGCGGCGAUCCGCGGGCCCUGGUUGACCCGGGGCCCGCAUUCGCGCAGGGCGGCUCUUCGCGCUACCCGCCCAACCAUCCCCUCAGUGGGUCCAAACACCUCUGCUCCAUCUGUGGCGACAGGGCGUCGGGGAAGCACUACGGCGUGUACAGUUGCGAGGGCUGCAAGGGCUUCUUCAAGCGGACGGUGCGCAAGGACCUGACGUACGCGUGCCGGGAGGAGCGCAACUGCAUCAUAGACAAGCGGCAGCGCAACCGGUGCCAGUACUGUCGGUACCAGAAAUGCCUGUCGUGCGGCAUGAAGCGGGAGGCGGUGCAGGAGGAGCGGCAGCGCACCAAGGACCGGGCCGACAACGAGGUGGAGAGCACGAGUGGCGGCGCCCCGGCGGAGAUGCCGCUGGAGCGCAUCCUAGAGGCGGAGCUGCGGGUGGAGCCCAAGGGGGGCUCUGCUCCAGAGUCCCAGGACCCUGUGAGCAGCAUCUGCCAGGCGGCCGACCGCCAGCUGCACCAGCUGGUCGAGUGGGCCAAGCACAUCCCUCACUUUGUGGAGCUGCCCCUGGAGGACCGCAUGGUGCUUCUCAAGGCUGGCUGGAACGAGCUGCUCAUUGCGGCCUUCUCGCACCGCUCCAUUGGCGUGCGGGACGGCAUUGUGCUCGCCACGGGCCUGGUGGUGCAGCGCCACAGUGCCCACGGGGCAGGCGUGGGCGCCAUCUUUGACAGGGUGCUCACCGAGCUUGUGGCCAAGAUGCGCGAGAUGAAGAUGGACCGCACGGAGCUGGGCUGUCUCCGGGCCGUCGUGCUCUUUAACCCGGAGGCCAAAGGCCUGCGCAGCACUGCCCAGGUGGAGGCCCUCAGGGAGAAGGUUUAUGCGGCGCUGGAGGAGCACUGCCGGCAGCAGUACCCAGAGCAGCCGGGCCGCUUUGCCAAGCUGCUGCUGCGGCUGCCUGCACUGCGCAGCAUCGGCCUCAAGUGCCUCGAGCACCUGUUCUUCUUCAAGCUCAUUGGGGACACCCCCAUCGACAACUUCCUCCUCUCCAUGCUCGAGGCCCCCUCGGAUGCCUGAGGGGACUUGCCCCACCGCCAAGUCUCCUGGGGGGACUUCCCUCGCGCAGAGCUCCCCUCGUCUGUACCAUAGCGCGCAAAAAAAAAAAAAAUACAUCCUUCACAAUCCAUU